AUGGUUAAAACAAAUGUUGUCUCUUUUGUUUUAUUUGCUGCUAUUGUGCUAUGUAUAGGAUCCAUUCAAAUAAAUGGACAAAAACACAUUGCACCGUGGAUAUCUGAAGAAAAAUCGAUAUGUUGUAGAGAACAUCCGAGUCUUGGAAGGUGUCUUCCAGGCAUUGAUGAUAGGCCACGAAUCUGA